UCGCUAGGUUCACAAUGCUGAAUGAUCCCACCUAAUUUUGGCUCCUUCCUGGACUGGACUGCCUUCCAUUUUUUAUGACAUAUAUUUGUAUUGUUAGAGCGGCCACUUGAGUAUCUGGUCAGUAUAAUGGAUCAUCUGUGACCGUGCGUCCGCUCUGGUGCAAGCCAAGACGAAGAAAGUUGGGGAAAGAUGCAAGAAGAGGAUGGCGGAGAGGAGAACUCUACACGAGACCUACGGGUUCUGGCCUCCAAUUCGGUGGACGCAGGCGAACCCGAAUCACUGAAGGACCCGGUUGCGAAACUAUGCGGUUAUUUGACUAAACUCGCUGGAAAAGGGCCGCUGCGGGGGUUUAAACUCCGCUGGUUUGUGUACGACGAGAGGAAAUGUUAUUUGUAUUACUUCAAGACUCCCCAAGACGCCUUGCCGCUGGGACACAUAACGAUAGGCGAAGCCAGCUUCAGCUAUGAUGUGGAGGGGGAUGAGGGGCAGUUUGAGAUUCGCACCGCGGGGAAGGAGUUUGUACUCAAGGCCCCUAACCGCCAGGUAAUGCAGUACUGGCUCCAGCAGCUGCAGCAGAAGCGUUGGGAGUUCAGUAACACCAGAGGGUCUGGACAGAGAGACAGCUGGAGUUCUCCUACCCCUCACACUGGCCUGGUGGCCAAAGAUACAGAUGUCUUUGUGUUUGAGAAGCCCAGUCACAGUGACAGCAUGGAGAGGGUACGCAGCGACUUUGCUAUGGAAACAGACACGGACGGACUGGUGGGUGUCCAAUCAGCACGAGGCCCCUCCCACCACCCCCCCAACCCCCUCAACUUCUCCAGCAAGCUGGGCCACUGGAGCUCAGAGAUCAGGAACUCCAUGUCAGGUCUGCGUGUGGGUCGAGGAGGAGGAGAGAACAGACGCUCUGUCUUCUACACUGGGAGCAGUGGUGAUGAGUGGGAGAUGUUAGACGCUCCCUCAACCAAGGACAUCAACCAGGACCACAAACCUCCCACCCAGCCUCAGACUGACUCACACAGACACUCCAUUGGUUCUCCGUUCACAUUUGACUUCGGGCGGAGCAGCAGUUCCUCGUUGCGGCCCAAGCGGCCCACUCUGCGGGACAUAAUGGGUUCAGGGAGGUUAGGACGCAGCAUAGAGAGCUCUUCCCCCUCCCCUCAGACCACGCCCCCAGUGGAGUGUAACGGCAGCAGGACCAAUGAGCUGCAGCUCCGCCUCCAGAGCCAGGAACAGGAACUGACACGCCUCCACGAGGAGAACAACAAGCUGACUGAGGAGUUAACCUCCCAGAAGGAGCUGGUCAGACUGCUUCAGCAGACCUUGAGGAGCACCCAGAGGGAGAUGCGACCAGCGCCAGUAUUAACUCCAGGAGCUGCCUCACCUCCAGCCCCAGGGUUCCCACAGUCGGACCUAGCCCAGAUGGAAGCCCUCCUCCUGGACAGGGAUGGUCAGGUCCAGGCCCUGUGUUGCCAGAUGGAGCGUCUAGCCCUGGAGAAGGAGAGUCUACAGAGGGAGCUGAAAGGACUGAAGGUCAAGGUUGGGGAGAUCAAUGAGCAGCUGAGCAUGCUGAUGGAGACCAUCCAGGCCAAAGACGAGGUCAUCAUUAAACUGUCCCAGACACCCCCCCAGGGAGCAGACGGGACCACCCCCCUGCUGCAGGACUGCAGCUCAGCUCCACCCCCCGCCAGCCAGCAACAGGAGAUAAACAAUCUUAAGGACAGUGUUCAGGGCUAUAAAUCCCAGAACAAGUUCCUGAAUAAGGAGAUCCUGGAGCUGACUAUUCUACUGAGGAACGCUGAGGCCAGGGAGAGAUCUCUGGAGGUUAAGUAUGUGGCGUUGGAGGCUAAAGUGUGUCAGGUUGAGAGUAAGUACCUGGUGCUGCUUCAGGACCUGAAGAACCCAGUGUGUUCCUCUUCAGAACAGAGUCCUGCCAGGGAGGUCAUCUCUAGACUGUUGGAGGAUGCACUGAACAACACUGACCCUACGGGACACGCCGUCUUUAAGCCACACCCUGUCAGUGAGUACGAUGUGUUUGGCUUCAAAACAGUUCCAGAGGAGGAUGAUGAAGAGGAGAAGCUGGUAGCCAAGGUGAGGGCUCUGGACCUGUGCUCCCUCUCCCUAACAGACCCUGAGGUGUCAGUGGGGGUGAAGUGGGAGAACUAUCUCUCCUCUACUAUGAACAGAGACAUGGUGCACUGCCCCGAACUCAAAGCCCUUAUGAGGAGCGGGGUGCCACAUGUCCACCGCUCCAAGGUGUGGCGCUGGUGCGUGUCCUACCACACCAGGAAGUUCCGUGACAGCCUGGCUCCAAACUACUACGAGACCUUACUGGGUGUGGCCAGAGACAAGCCUAAUCCCGCCUCCAAACAGAUAGAGCUUGACCUGCUGAGGACCUUACCUAACAACAAACACUACUCCUCCCCCGGCGCCGACGGAAUACAGAAACUACGUAAUGUCCUGCUAGCCUUCUCCUGGAGGAACCCUGACAUAGGAUACUGCCAGGGACUCAACAGGCUGGCAGCCAUAGCUCUGCUGUACCUGGACCAGGAGGAUGCUUUCUGGUGUCUAAUCACUAUCGUGGAGGUCUUCAUGCCCCAGGACUACUACACCAAGACCCUGCUGGGAUCACAGGUGGACCAGCGUGUUUUUAAGGACCUGCUGAGUGAGAAGCUGCCCAGACUCCACGCCCACUUUGACCUCUACAAGGUUGACUCCUCCCUCAUUACCUUCAACUGGUUCCUGGUCCUCUUCGUAGACUCAGUGAACUCUGACCUCCUCUUCAAGAUCUGGGAUGCCUUCCUGUACGAGGGACCCAAGAUCAUCUUCCGCUUCGCCCUCGCUCUCUUCAAGUACAAGGAGGAAGAGUUUCUGAAGCUUCAGGACUCCAUGGCCAUCUUCAAGUACCUCCGCUAUUUCACCAUAACUAUCCUGGACUGGAGGAAGUUGAUGAGCAUAGCGUUUGUGGACAUGAAUCCGUUCCCCCUGAGACAGAUCCUUAACCGCAGGACCUUCCAUCUGGAGAAGGUUAGACUAGAGCUGACAGAGCUUGAGGCCAUCAGACAAACCUUCCUCAGAGAGAGAGACACACACGCCGACGCACGCGCGCUGUGUAGCGACGAUGAGGAGGACAACUAGCCAAUCAGGGCCCAGGCCAACUAGCACAUCAGUAGAGAGACUGACCACGGCCCCCGACGCACGCACGCAAGCUUUGUAGCGACAACUAGCACACAGCCUGUCAGGGUGCAGUGCCUGCAGACUCCAGCCAAUCAGGAUC